UACUAGAUCGAGACUACAACAGACCUAACGAUCGAACGUUAAUGUAUCAGCAGUAUACAUUAUGUAAUACCGUAAUCAUAUACCCAAAUUAUACUAGGAUGUCAAUGCUUGGCCAAGCAGAAUUUGGAGUGACAACAUUUUUCACUAGAAGCCACCCCAAUGACAAAUGUGGAGCCAAUGGUCUUCCUCUCACACCAAAUUCAGUCAAAGUUUUGGGACGUUUCCAGAACCUUAAACAUCUUCAUCAUCCACGGAUCUGUAAAUAUCUGGACAUUGUCAAGGACAAGCAUGAGCGCAUAGUUAUUGUAUCAGAGCAUUACAGAAACUCUCUCAGCAGUAAAUCUGGCACAUUUACCAGUAAAGAGAAACUAACAGAGGUUGCAUAUGGUGUCCUGCAAGGCCUGGUCUACCUAAACACACUAGGUAUCACCCACAGAAAUCUAUAUAAACAGUUGGUUUAUCAUUACAGAGGUCGUGUGAUAGUUGGCCAUGGUCGUGUGAAGUUGGCUGGGUAUGGUCUGUACUAUAUAAACAGUUGGUUUAUCAUUACAGGGUCGUGUGAAGUUGGCUGGGGUCGUGUGAAGUUGGCUGGGUAUGGUCUGUACUAUAUAAACAGUUGGUUUAUCAUUACAGGGUCGUGUGAAGUUGGCCGGGGUCGUGUGAAGUUGGCUGGGUAUGGUCUGUACUAUAUAAACAGUUGGUUUAUCAUUACAGGGUCGUGUGAAGUUGGCUGGGGUCGUGUGAAGUUGGCUGGGUAUGGUCUGUACUAUAUAAACAGUUGGUUUAUCAUUACAGGGUCGUGUGAAGUUGGCUGGGGUCAUGUGAAGUUGGCUGGGUAUGGUCUGUACUACAUAGAGAACUGGUUUAUCAUUACAGGGUCGUGUGAAGUUGGCUGGGGUCGUGUGAAGUUGGCUGGGUAUGGUCUGUACUAUAUAAACAGUUGGUUUAUCAUUACAGGGUCGUGUGAAGUUGGCUGGGGUCGUGUGAAGUUGGCUGGGUAUGGUCUGUACUAUAUAAACAGUUGGUUUAUCAUUACAGGGUCGUGUGAAGUUGGCUGGGGUCGUGUGAAGUUGGCUGGGUAUGGUUUAUCUGGUCGUGUGAAGUUGGCUGGGUAUGGUCUGUACUACAUAGAGAACUGGUUUAUCAUUACAGGGUCGUGUGAAGUUGGCUGGGGUCGUGUGAAGUUGGCUGGGUAUGGUCUGUACUAUAUAAACAGUUGGUUUAUCAUUACAGGGUCGUGUGAAGUUGGCUGGACUCAAGACUUGUGGACUGGUUUGACAAUGCCGCAGAUAUUCCAUAAGAUAUUUGCAUUUCUCAAGUCUGACCAAUCUCCAUUACACAGUAUAGCGAAGGACAACAGUCUCACAGAAACAAUCAAGACUCUGUCUCCAGAUCUGGUUGACUUUUUAACCAAAUGUUUGACAGUAUCAGUCAACCAGAGAGCUCAGGUUGAAAGAGGUGAGAACUUUGACCACCUGUCAUUGAGAGAUAUGGAGGAAGUUUACUAUCUAUGGAGACUUGCUGGGGGUGAUCUGGAGGCUCUGCUUCGCAAGGAAGGACUCGUCAAAACAAAACCCCCAAUUACACUCCUCCCCAGCUUCUGUACCAGUGAAGGCGAUGUGUUCGGACAGAGGAGGGACCGAGCAGAACUAUUGGAUAGUAUUGUGAUCACAGCAUCACAGGAUCAACUCAGAAACAGACUAUCAGAAGUGGAUGAAAAGGCCUAUUAUCCUCUUUUGGAAGAUGAACAGAGCUGUAUGACCAGUAGCCUACCUCUAUCCCCCAGUAGUUCUGACCUGACAAAUACAGCGAGCCUACCCCUGAUUAUAAAGGAGAAAGAUGUCGAGUAUCAGUUUCACCGAGUUAUUCUGUAUGAACGACUCCUAAAAGCUUACCCCUACAAGAGAGCUCACAUUUGGAAGGAGGCACGUGUGGACAUUCCUCCAUUGGUCAGGGCACAUGUUUGGGCAGCUCUCCUAGAAGUUGAGGGAGAUAUUGAAGGAUUGUACAACAGCAUUGAUAAAGACACAGUCACAUCCACAGAUAGACAGAUUGAAGUGGAUAUUCCACGAUGUCACCAGUAUCAUGAGCUGCUGUCGUCUCCCACAGCACAUGUCAAGUUUAAACGUGUGCUAAAGGCGUGGGUGGUGAGUCACCCUGAGUAUGUGUACUGGCAGGGUUUGGACAGUCUUUGUGCUCCCUUCCUCGCCCUAAACUUCACAAAUGAAGCCCUAGCAUAUGCCUGUUUAACUGCUUUCAUUCCUAAAUAUCUCCACAAAAUAUUUUUGAAAGAUAAUUCUCAGGUAAUCCAAGAAUAUCUGGCCGUGUUCAGUCAUCUUAUAGCAUUCCAUGAUCCUGAGCUUAGCAAUCACCUGGAUGGAAUUGGCUUUAUCCCAGACUAUAUAUUCAUGUAUUUUAUGACCUAUGCUGUGAGUGCUCUGAUAUCUACCUAUUUGUCACACACAGAGAUAGACAUCCAGAGGUGUGUCCAAGACUCGAUCAAGAUUUUCUGUAGCACGCCAAAAAGUGCCACCUACCGCCAACAUGCAAGACCUUCUAAAAAAGUACAAAAGGAAGAAAGUCGACCAAACCUAUCCUACUACUCACGUGAUUACAAUGACCAGCCGUCUACAGAUCUGUCUAUGGAACCAAUUCCAAUUGAGGACUUGAAGAGGGAGAAGGUGCCUAGAAUUUCUGCUGAAGAUCUGAUUGAAUUAGGGGAGUUGACGGGGCCAGCUCAUAGUAAAAGUCCGACGAAGCGUAAACAGAACAGCAAGCCUAUGUUACUGGUGGUGGAUGUUCGUGGUGAGGAUGAAUUCAAUAAAGGUACUGUGGAGAAGAGUAUCAACAUUCCAUUCCAUUCUGCCUUCUCACCUGAGGGAGACCUCAACCCAUGUCCUGCUGUCAUAACCUUGACCUCAAGCAGGUCACAGGUCAAGGUCAUUGUAGGCAGUAGAGGGAAGAAUGCUGUAAAUUUCGCAAAUGAGAUUGUACGCCUUGGAUUUUCUAAAGUCUGUGUCCUUCAUAAAGGCAUUGAUGUCCUACGACAAACAGGGUUACUGAUGCUUCCGCCAGCAGAUAUCUGACACCAUUAUUAGAUCUCAGAAACUCGUAGUCAUGACGAUUCCUAUAAAGUGUAGCGACAGUAAUACUCUAGCAUCACUGGGUUUACUGACCUUGUAAUCUCCUUGUAAUUAAUGGUGGCUACCUCACUGAACAACAUAUGGGAGGUCCAUUGCAGAGCAAUUAGGUUAAAGGGUCUUGUCCAAGGACACAACCAAGUCAGCACAGACUGUUGUAUUUCUCAGCUUCCCAAGAAAUAAUACCACUUAGGGUAGGGAUCGUCAAACCACACACAUCAUAUUUUCACCUGAGGUUGUAAAAGAGAGCACAACUGAUGGACCUAUCACAGCCCCUUCAAACUAAAUGCACAAACAUUUGUUAAUAGUUAUUGCCAUAUAUAUAGGAUCAAAAUUGAGUUUUGAUUUCAUAUGAAAUUUUAUGAUAUAAGUCUUAGAAUUUUUUUUUUUUAAAAGUCCAGACAAGCAAGAAUUUUUGAGACAAGAUUCAAAACUUCUUGUAUAAAAUGGAAACAAAUUUACGAUAAUUUUUAUCACAUAAAUCAGAAAAGGUAAAUUUUGAUUAAAAGUGAAAAUGUGGAGAAUUAAAUCAAACAAGGGCAGCCAUUUUCUUGCAUUUUCAAUCCAUGAUGCAACAUCGUUGUCUGUAUUAUGACAUCACAAUUGAUUUUGGACUGUGGCAGCCAAUGAUAAUGACCUAGGAUGUAUUACUCUAGUGACAGAUACACACAUACCAGGAGAGAAUUCACACAAUGACAGCCAAGUUAUGUGAUAAAUAUCAUGUAUAUAGCUGAAUUACUGUUCAAACUAUCACCACUAUCUCUGCAUAUUGUCUAUCAUCUUUUGUGAUACUCUGAUUGUUUCACAUUUGCCAGCUUCAUAUGGAUUUUGAUCAGAAAUUGAGGGCAGGCUUGUCAUAGGCCAUCCCUCAGCAUAUAAAUUCUGUAGAUAUUUACCAGCACUCUGUACCUAUCUACUAGUAAUUAUGCAAAUUAUCAUUCAAUAGUAUUUUACUGUCUCAGUUCUGUAGAUACAGACGGUACACAGUAUAUAACAUCUGGGUGUUUUACUGUCUCAGUUCUGUAGAUACAGACGGUACACAGUAUGUAACAUCUGGGUGUUUUACUGUCUCGGUUCUGUAGAUACAGACGGUACACAGUAUGUAACAUCUGGGUGUUUUACUGUCUCGGUUCUGUAGAUACAGACGGUACACAGUAUGUAACGUCUGGGUGUUUUACUGUCUCGGUUCUGUAGAUACAGACGGUACACAGUAUGUAACAUCGGAGUAUUUUUCUUCAAUGAAAUCCUGAACUGUUUUGUUGAUUACUAUUUAUAACUUCAGCCUACAGAUUGUAUGUCAUGAAUUUUUGCACUACAUUAUAUAAUGGGAGACAAAAAUGACAUAGCAGAACAGGUACUGCAUUUACAGUACUAUAACAUCAUAUUCAUUCUCAUUUCUGUAAAGAUUUGGUUUGGUAGGUCAAAUUUCCACAAUUUUACAGGUAUAAAAAGAGGAUGUAUUUUUAUUAUGGAAACAACUUGUUUUAAUUUCAUGUUGUCUAUAUUUCAUGAAUUUAUUCCUUCAGAAAAUAGCACCAUGUACAGAAUGUAGAGUAUCAUCAUUUCCAGUGGAUCCCUUUACUUCCUGUUUAUAUAUCUAAAUAUUAUGUGGCGAAUCCUUCUAAAUAAUGUGCAAUAUGAUAUCACGGAAGGUAAUACGUUUAAUAUUACUUCUUUGUUUACUAUGGCAUGACAGUAUAAAUGUAUAUUGUGUGAUGUAUGUACUGAUGCCAAAUCCUUUGUUUCUAUGGUAACCAGUAAUCAUGAAAUCAUCUCACGGAGGCAGGUCUUGCCCAAUUGAAUUCUAGUCACAAAGUUCAAUGUUUCCAACAUUACUUUGAUCUUCAAAGGCCAUGGACACCACAGAUAUCUACUAGACAGAGUAACAUCAUGGACAUCAUACUGUGGGUAUCUACUAGACAGAGUAACAUCAUACUGUGGGUAUCUACUAGACAGAGUAACAUCAUACUGUGGGUAUCUACUAGACAGAGUAACAUCAUGGACAUCAUACUGUGGGUAUCUACUAGACAGAGUAACAUCAUGGACAUCAUACUGUGGGUAUCUACUAGACAGAGUAACAUCAUACUGUGGGUAUCUACUAGACAGAGUAACAUCAUGGACAUCAUACUGUGGGUAUCUACUAGACAGUAACAUCAUACUGUGGGUAUCUACUAGACAGAGUGACAUCAUACUGUGGGUAUCUACUAGACAGAGUAACAUCAUACUGUGGGUAUCUACUAGACAGAGUAACAUCAUGGACAUCAUACUGUGGGUAUCUACUAGACAGAGUAACAUCAUACUGUGGGUAUCUACUAGACAGAGUAACAUCAUGGCCAUUUUAAUUUGUAAUGACAUGUAAAACAAAAAAAGAAUAAAUGCUAGUUGUUUAUCACAA